AGCAGUACACUGCUGCCGUGCCCCGCCCCGCCCCGCCCCGCCCCGAGCGGGGCCUGCGGCAGCCCCGGCCGAGACGGCCUGCGAUGCGCCGGCUGGAGGCGGCAUGGCAUCGGGCAAGCCUGUCGGCCGGGCCGGGCAGCGGGAGGAGGAGGAGGAGGACAGCGCGGACCUGGACCGCUCCCUGCAGCUAAUGCUGCGGGCGAUAGUGGAGGAGCGGAACCGUAGCAACCUCCGCCAGGAGAUCAGCGGCCUGGGAUUUUUCAAAGAUGACCGCAUUGUGUUUUGGACUUGGAUGUUUUCUACUUAUUUUAUGGAAAAACUGGCCCCCAGGCAAGAUGAUAUGCUCUUUUACGUCCGCCGAAAGCUGUCCUAUGUUAGUGGUGAUACAACAGAGGAGAAGAAGGUUGAAGUUGAAGUUUAUCGUAGGGAUUCCAAGAAGCUUCCUGGCCUGGGUGACCCUGACAUUGAUUGGGAAGAGAGUGUCUACUUGAAUCUCAUCCUCCAGAAGUUGGAUUACAUAGUAACCUGUGCUGUGUGCACUCGCUCAGAUGGAGGGGAUAUUCAUAUUCACAAAAAGAAAUCUCAGCAAGUGUUUGCAUCUCCCAGCAAACACCCAAUGGACAGCAAAGGAGAGGAAUCAAAGAUCAGCUACCCCAAUAUAUUCUUCAUGAUCGACAAUUUUGAAGAGGUGUUCAGUGACAUGACUGUCGGGGAAGGAGAAAUGGUCUGCGUGGAGCUGGUAGCCAGUGACAAAAGCAACACCUUUCAAGGAGUGAUCUUUCAAGGAUCCAUCCGCUAUGAAGCACUCAAGAAGGUCUAUGAUAAUAGGGUGAGUGUUGCUGCCAAAAUGGCUCAAAAGAUGUCAUUCGGCUUUUAUAAAUAUAAUAAUAUGGAAUUUGUCAGAAUGAAGGGGCCACAGGGUAAAGGACAUGCGGAGAUGGCUGUAAGUCGAGUUUCGACUGGUGACACUUCUCCAUAUGGAACAGAAGAAGAUUCAAACCCAGGAUCCCCUUUGCAUGAGAGAGUUACUUCCUUCAGCACUCCACCAACCCCAGAACGCAACAAUCGCCCAUCCUUUUUCUCCCCAUCACUCAAGAGAAAAGUGCCCCGAAAUCGAAUUGCUGAAAUGAAAAAAUCCCAUUCAGCAAAUGACAGCGAGGAAUUCUUCAGAGAUGAUGAUGGUGGAGAUCUGCACAAUGCAACUAAUCUAAGGUCGCGGUCCUUAUCGGGAACAGGACGGUCCCUGGUUGGCUCGUGGCUGAAGUUAAACAGAACAGAUGAAAACUUUCUACUCUAUGCACAUUUAACCUACGUCACUUUGCCACUCCAUCGAAUUUUAACAGAUAUUGUGGAAGUGCGGCAGAAACCGAUCCUGAUGACAUAGCAGAGAGCUGGGCACUGCCUUGGAACCUUGCUGCCAAGUGCCUACCCGCAGUGUUUUUUCUGUGACAACACUACCAUCUAGUGUCAGGAACCUAAACCUACACAGAAAAAGGGAAGUCUAAGAAUACCAGCCAAUCAAAAAGUGCCUCUUUCUUCCUUCCUCUGCUGUCAUGUACUGUAUGCACACUGACAGUAAAUCUCACUAGUAUUCUGACUAGAAGAGGACUUUCACAAACAAAACCAGAAGGGGCUGCAUUUAAAAAGAAUCAAUGCUUUAUGAACAAUUUGUUACCAUGUUUACUUUAUAAUUAAGAAACCAACAACAUGUACAGAAUGUGUUGAACUUUAUAUUCUUUGAGAAGCAACUUUAGGAUUUCAUAAAGAUAUACCAAUGAACUUUGUUCCAUAGACUAUUGUCCAUGCACUCCUUGUUAUAAUGGCUGUGUAUGUGUUGGGGCCAAAGGGAUAAUAAUGUAGUUUACUACUGAGGAAGGUUAAGGCAAAAGAUGCUACAAAGAUCAUUGCCAUGUGGUAUGUGCAGUAGGUCAGGGUGGAACUAAACGGAUGUUUCUCUUAGUGUGUAUCCUUGAGGAUUAGGAUAAGUUUGUUCUGAGGAUGUUAUCCCUAUCUACCAAAGAACAGUGAAGAUUUCAGCUUCUAGGAUAGUCUAAGGGAAUGAACCAAUAUGAGAAGGGUGAAAGAUGCUGCCAUAUACUGCCACUAAUAUCAGGUUCCUAAGAAGAAAAUCUGAGUUUUAAUGCAAGAGAAACAGGAGUAAUUAACUAGACUCUAGUACCAGAAAAUCCUACAAACUACCACUCUUCCUCUGCAUACACAUGAAGCUAAAGUAAUUAGAAUUGUCCUAGUAGACCUAGGAAUAAUGAAGGAGGGUUUCAAGUUUUGAUGACAUUUUAUAGCAAUUUUCCCAGAUUCUAAGUUUCAGUUAGAUCCUGUGCUGGUUCACUGUACCAAAAUACAUUAAAGCACAAAGAUUUUUCUUUCAGGCAAACAUCAACAUUUCAGUGCAGUUCUGUUCUUCAAAAUAACUGCAAGUGGCAGUGGGAAGUUCAUAAUUGUCCUUUGGUAGCUCUUAGGAAAAACCUGCUAUGUUUACAAAUAAAAUGCAGCUUUUUCUAAACAGAAGCCUUGUAAACUCCCUCUUAGAAUUUGAAAGCCAAAUAUCCUGCAAUCAAAGCUUAGUCAACAAGUCUGAUGUGGAACUCAGGCUAUAUCCCAGAAUACUGCAGAACUAGUAUUGCAAACAGAAUGAGGAAAAAGUAGUUUCACUCAAGAAAGCAGGGAAGACUCUCAGCUGCACAUAUAGAGAUAAAUUGAAAGACAAGAUGCUAUUUUAGUUACUUUUCAUGAUAGAAUCACAUUAGGCUCUACAGUGGCACUGCAGUUACCAACAUGGCAUGUGCUUAAAGCUGGCAUCUUUGUUUUCCCCUUAACCUUUCCCAAACUGUUUUGCUGUAUUUCUCUCAAUAGUGUCAGAUGAUUUAACUUCUCUGAUAUAAUUCCGAUUUUUUUUUUCCUCCCACCCCCCAGCCAGGUUGCAUGGAAAUAGGUUCACUACAACUUUGAGGUAUACUGAGACUAAUUGCUCAGCCCAAUAUGGUUGGGUCCACGUGGUAAGAAAUACUUGCUGGUCUAUUUGUGGUUAUACUUCAGAGUUAAAUUAGAAUAUGCAUUUUUGAGGCUAGAUAUGGAAGCAGUUAACUUGAUACAAAGUGAGGGUAUUUCUAACACUGGCAAUAUGAACACACUAUAGAGAGAUUGUAGAUCAAGUUCCAGUCUACCUUUGGUAAAACAUUUCUGCGUUAAGUAAAGUUUGUACUGUUAGUUAUUAACCAGUCUUAAGCAGGCUGGAGACUGAUUUAAACUGUGUGUUACCUCAGUGCCUGUGUCAAGAAUGAAAUCACUUUUCAUCAAGACAGCCUCCUAAAAUGCUCCAUAUUCUACACAGUCAUACUGCUGGGCUAAGCAAAUCAAUGUUGUGUUUCUUUGAAUAUUUGUGGGGGGAGGGAGAGGGAUAACAUUUUUACUUUGAGGCAAUGAUACAUUUUAAAUCAAAUAUUUGUAAUAUUCAUCUAUCUCAAUAGAAAAUGUAUCCAGUCGGAAAUGUGACUUGUAGGCAUCAGUGCUGUCUAUAACAAUGAUUUUAUUCCUGUGGGUUGACAAUAUCAGCAUAGUAGGAUUAGGUAGCUUCAGUUCUGAUGGCCUAGAGACCCAAAAAAAGUCACACUAAGUAUAUUUUUCAGGAUAAAUAGCAAAUACAGCAUGAUACUAAAAUAGUCCAGGAACGUAAAGGCAAUUCUAGGGUAAGGCAGUACAAGUUCUAUAGCAUUAUACAAGACAGUGUCUUCUCUAUUGUAUCCAAAGGAAGAGUGUUGGUAAUGUCUAGAUUUUCAAGGAAAAUCCUAAAAAGAAGUCAGCUAGUCCACUUGAUAUCUUUUAUACUGUGUUAGCAGAUGUGCUGUAGGCACUUGGAAUGACAACUGUCAAUCGCCUUUUUAUAAGUAGCAGAAAUGGGCUGUAAAUGCACCCAGAUGGACAUCUGUGGGAAAUAUCAAUCAAGAAGUCUGUUGAAUGUCAAUAGUGCGCUUAGGAAAUAGCUCCCUGUACCAGACUAAAAUAGCACCUUCAAAAAUCUGCAAUAGAGAUCUAAGUACAGUUCUAAUUUGUCAUUUUCUACUGUCCAGUAAAAAACUAGUUUAAAUGUUUUAUGAAACAUUGCUUCAUAGUAUAUGAGGAUUUCUUAAUUAAAUCCUUAGAACUGAAACCUGUAGUCCUCACCCAGGCAGUCCUUGUGAGGUUAACUAGGCUCUUACCUAGGUGAGGAUGGUAUGGCUGGGCCCUUAGCAUAUUAUUGCACUAUACCAAAUAGGGAAAUGUUAGAUGGGAACCUUUGAUCUUUUUUGGAUGGUUCUCUUUCUUAUACAGGUUUCCCUCGAUUUUUUGCGGGUUCUGUAUAUGCAAAUUUGCUCUUAUGCAAUGAGCGUUUUUAGACCCAGAAAUCAUUAUAUGUAAGGUAAAUUCACUCUUAUGCGAUCGGCAUAGCCCACCCCACCCCCAAGCAGGUUAGUCUGUCGGGGAUGUGGGGAAAGGACCGUGCGGCCGGGGCCCCACUUACCCCAGCCCCUGCUGCAGCAGCCCCAGGAGCAGCUGGUGCCAGCUGCCUGCAGCUGCUGGGCUGCACUGUGCAUCGCCUGUCCCCAGUCACCCCAGCUCCUGGACUGCACUGUGCCAUGGUGCAGGCAGCUGGUGUCAGCUGCUUCUGGGGACGCUGCAGCAGGGGCUGGGGUGAGUGGGAAGAAGCAGAGUCCUGGGCAGCCCGGGGUGCAGGACACACCCCAGCCCCUGCUGCAGUGGCUGGAGGGCUGUGCUGGGCUCUUCCUGGGGGUGCAUGCUCCCAGAUCUGUGCGUGGGAUGAUGGCAGGAUGCUGCUGUAGGCUGCAGCUGGUGGCAGCGCUGGGCUGUUCCUGACACUUGGCACAGCCCACCCUGAGCACUGGGAAGACCCCUGUGCUGCUGCUGGCCCCAGUCAGCAGCAGCCUGCUGUUGUGCCACCUAGGGCUCCACUUUGUUCCAAUUAACCCCAGCCCCUGCUGCAGCAAGAAUCAUACCCUGCCCCCCCCCCGCCACACCCACUGACAGUUCUUUCUGCUUUGCUCCCUUGUGCAGCCCUGGGAGUGGCACCCCUCCCCCCACCCCUUCCCUAGUCCCAGCCUCCCCACCAUGGGAACCUAUCUCUAUUUGUUACAUUAUAAAGUGGGUUCACUUUAUGCAAAUUUUAUUUAUGCACCAUUCUCCAGGAAUGCAUGUACCGCAUAAAUCGAGGGAAACCUGUAGCUUCAAAGCAUUUAAUCAAUAGGUUUGUGCCACUACUGACACUUAAAGAACAAACCAACCAAUGCUACCAGGGAAUGGAUUGAGUGUUAAUUGUGCUCCAGUAAACAAGUAUAGUAUAUAGACUAUCAGAGUCUUAUGAUGUCUUAGUUUGCAAGUGACACUGUCUUGACUAUUGGAACACCAAGAAUUUUAAUUGGGCAUACUGAUGCUGGACUGUCAGAGUGAAGAUCCUUUAUAUAUAAAGCAGCUGUAUGGUUAGCAUAAGUCUAGAAAGCUUUGCUGCAUAGGUCAGUUGAUCAGUGAAUGCCACCUUAUCUUACUUGUUUUUUUCUGAUUGUCUAAUGAUCUUCUCUCUUGUGCACAACCAUGUCAUCCAGAGAUCUGCAAUUUGCCAUUUGGAUCAUCCUCUGGAUAUGUAUUUAGAUGAUAUCAAAUGCAAGAGUGUAAGAAUCUUUCCAAACUAAACAGACCCUUAACAGAAACGUACUACUCAUCACUGUAACAUUAAUGGCAUUCUCCUACAUCAGUUAUGUAAUAUUAGCAAGUCAUUGCUGUGCCUUAGAGACCACUGUAUGUAAAAUCCCAUUCAGAGUUCUUAACAAUUUUCCCCCUAGCCACCACAGGAUGGAGACCGUUCUUAGAAAUGUAAAAAUAUUCAGCAGUUUUGGUUCAUGCAGACUGUGUGGAUUCAUAUUACCUCUUUUUGAUUAAUUCAGACUUAAGGGAAAACUUGACAUGUAGAGGCUGAAUCAAAACCACCUCAAAACACUUGGGUUUGCAUAUCUUCCAUUCCGAACAGUCAAGUCAUUUUACCUUCCUCACUAUGAUAAAUGUGGCUUGAGAUACUGUAACAAAACCAUGUGAGCUUCAAGAUGUGUACGUCUGUGAUGUGAGCUGUACUAUGCUAUGUAUCAUCCAUACCUUUGCAUUUGUGGAGGCAAUGCCCUUUUCUAAAAAAAGGAAUCGAUACGUUUGCUUUGAGAGUUGUAAGGGCAGAUAGUACAUUCGAAGUCCUUUUCCAGAAUUUCUCCUUGUUACCAUCAUUUUGUUCAGACAGCCAGUUAAGGCCUAAACCCCACCACUGGAUCCAUGUUAACAGAAUCCUACGGUUUCACUGAGGUUCUACAGGAGUCCAUUUAUGUCCCUCAUGAUGCUGCUUUCCAAGAAUCAGCUGAAUUGAUCUCAUCAUGCUUGUUUUUCAUGUCUAAAACCUCCCUUUGUUACAAAUAGCUGUAGGGAAAAUUUUCAGAAGUGCCUCCAAUUAAUGGGAGUUAAGAGCAUCUUUCAAAAACCAGAAAAAGGUACUCUUGAAAAUUCUACCUGUAUGUGGCAGGAGCCAGCAAGUUUGGCCAAGCCAUAUAUUUCUUCUGGACUCAUUAUAAAGCCAUCCUUGUGGCUUCCAGCUAUGACUAAAAGCAUUGGAAAAUGUAUUCCAUAUGAUCACAGUCCUUUAAGGUGUUUGGGACUGCCUUACCUUGUUUCUUAUUUUAUAUCCUAUUAUUAUAUAUGACUGAACAAAGGUGCAUAAUGGUGUGUAGAAAUAGUGUGUUGAAAGGUUGUUGAAAGUAGGUACAGUUAAUGGAAGUGUUUAAUGAAUAAGUCUUCUGUACACCAAAUCUUAAACAAGAGAGUAUUUCACAUCAGAAUGUAACUGUAUGGGCACUCAAUCAGGAUAAUACAAGACUGCAAGCGGGUCACAAUGUUCAACGUUUCUUCUGUAAAUAUAUAAAUAGUCUCAGUUUAGUUCUAUCCAACUAACACUUGUUGCAUGGUUUUUGCCUCAAUGAUCAUCAACAUUAACAGAUGGUCAACUGAAAAUCAUGCUGACACUAACUGAGCCCUUUGAACAAACAGCAACAAGAAUCUAUGUGCACCAAAACUAAUUUCACAUAUGGCAGCAGUGAAGGAAGCUUUGGACCCUGCAGCCAAUAAACAGACCUCUUUAAUGACCAUAAAUGUUGUUAAUAGUAUUUUUGUACUGUCCUUUGAUGUUUGAAUCUGUCAUUGCAAGAUCACAAGUCCUUAUUAAGCAAGUUAAAACUUGGCUGAAAAACUGCCAAUUUUGUGGCAGAACAUUAUUUUAAGACUAUUUUAUUUAUUGUUCAGCUUCAUUAAACUUUGAGCAAAAGCCA